AUGAAAAUUCCAUGCUGUCUGUCUUCAUCUCGAGUCUGCGUUAAUCGUGUCAAUCGCAAUAUCUAUGGUCGCAUGUAUCCUGUUUCUUUGGCUUUACCUAACGGCGCCACCAUCCGAAUUCGUUAUAAGGAACCACGCCGACUUUUACAGCUGCCUUUUAAUCUCGAAGAAUGUGAUGAAGAAGAAAGAAUGAGGCGUUUGCUUCGUCGUAAGCCAAAAGCACGUCUGGAAUUACAAGAUGAACUUUCUUUUGAAGACUCAUUUGAUGAAACGGCUUAUGAUUUCCUCUGGUCGAAACCUAAGCCUAAGUAG